AUGCAUAUAAUAAAUAAUGCAAGAGGAAAAUUAACAUCUUUUACAUAUACAUCUUGGUGCAAUUUCGUGAUAUUCGCAGCAAAGUGGAAGAAAUUUAUUUGUAAGGAGGGUGAAAUCGCACAUGAUUCGGAGGCGAAACUUGAUUUGCGUCUCGAUUUACAGUGUGAGACAACGCACACAGAUAAUGAUAAAACGUUUCUGCCAAUACCAGCCUACUGUAAAUUUCACCGGAAGUGCUACAACAGGUUUUGUAACAAACAGAAGCUCGAAAGGGAAGAAAGAAGACAAGCUGUAAGGGACGAAAAUGCGCAAAAAGGUGAGAGAUGAUUGUGGAAUUGUGCAAAAUAUAAAUAAUAGUGGUAUUUUAUCACAACGAACCGAAAUAUGAUCACGUUAGGCCAUUCACUAAACUCAGAUAUGUCCUAAAUCCCUAAAUAAGUCAUGGAAGACUAGUAUACUGAGUUAAAGUUGCAUUAUAUUUUCAGUGAUACCAAUGUUGGCAUGGUGAUUUUUAUUAUUACAAAUGUAUUAUUUUGAUACAAAUUCAAAAUUAUGCAUUUCGGUACUUUGUCUUUAUUUUAAAAAUACACACUUCCAAGAGUUUUAUUAGCAGAAUGUAUGUAGACUACAAUGUGUUUCAAAAAUUAUAUUUUCAGUGUUUAAUAAUCCAUGCAAACAACAAACUGAUGCAUAUAUAGGUUUGUCUAAAUGUAGUUUUCCACCACUGUAGUUAGUUUAGCAUUAAAUUUCACAUUAAAUUUUAAAAAACAGAGACAUUAGUUCAUCAUGGAAGUAAGUAAACAUCAUUCAAAAAUACAUUAAAUGUGACUCAAUUGUCCAGGGGUGACUGUGUGGUUAAUCCAUCAGGGUUCGAACAAGACCCAGCCCUCUUUGGGGUGCCAAAUAAUAGUAUAUAUUGCCAAUUGUGGUAAGUAUGCUUGAUUAAUCUCUUAGAUGAUUGUGAGCCUCCACAUAAGGAACGAAGAUUAACCAGAGCUCAUACAUCAGUUGGGGCUCCAGAAAAAGGACGUGAAAAUGUUCUUCCGUCAGUUUGUAUAAUUUGUAAAAAAGCCAAGUACACUUACAACAGAGAGAGAAAAAGGAAUGUGGAAAAGCUUAAGAGAGUUGAAACAUUUACAGCAGGAAGACUUCUUGAGGCAGCUCAGCUUAAGGAACGGCAUGACAUAUUAGUCCAUUUGGAGGGAGCAGGAAGGGAUCUACCAGCUUUAGAGCCAAGGUACCAUCAUAGCUGUUACAUGAAUUUAACAAGAUUUUUAUCUAAGCCACCUAAAGAGAUGUCAGAAGAAAGCCUUUACUAUCAAAAGGCUUAUGAAAAGUUCUGCGAAAGUAUCGUGCUUCCAAAAAUUAUAGAAGCCAAAGAAAUCUUGUUGUUGACGUCCCUCAGAGAGUCAUUCAUAAAGAUUGUCAAACAGGUUGAAGGUGUGGAUACAUCAUAUCGGACAUCUAACCUGAAGCAAAGAAUGUCGAAGAGUUAUCCACAACUUCAAUUCACUCUCGCCAUGCCACUGGGAUAUAUUGUCUAUUCAGGGGCCUAUGAAGCAUCAGAUCUUGUAAGAAGUGCACUUUGUCAAAUAGAUAUAGAUCAUGACAGCCAGGAAAGUGAAGAAGAUGGAAGCCCUCAUAAUGCAUCUUCAGCCCCACAACAAAGUGACCCAGAUGAAUUACUCACAACUUUUAUGUCGUCACAAAUUGUAAAGAAUGCUGUUCAAGAUUCUUUGUCUACUUUUCACCCACCUUGGCCUCCAACUGCAGAAAUCCUAAACAUAAAUACAGUCAAGGCUCUUGUUCCGCACCAGCUCUUUAAUUGGAUUGCCUGGACAACAGGAUUAAAUGAUAACCCACAAGCCGAUACUUAUGUCACAGUGAAAGAGGUAGAAGAAAAGAAGAUUCUUGCUAUUGCACAAGAUAUAAUGUAUCUCAAGGCAAAUGGCAGAAUAGCAACUCCAAAACAUCAUGCCCUUUCUAUGACAGUUAGACAUAUGACUGGAUCUUCACAGCUUAUCAAUAUUCUAAAUGGUUUGGGUCACAGCAGUUCGCACAGUGCCACACUGGAACAUGACACUGCGUUGGCUUUGGUUGAGCUUUCCCGUGGAGAACUCCCUGUUCCCAAAGGAAUUAUGGAUGGCCUGUUUACAACUAUGGUUUGGGACAACAUAGACUUUGGAGAAGAGACUUUAUCAGGAAAAGGCACAACGCACAGUACUAAUGGUAUCAUCAUUCAAAGGAAACUAACUGAUGAGGUUAUGCCAAACCAAGGUCCAGCCAAAUCAAUCCCAAAAAAGAAACAGAGGUCAGUUGAGGCCCCUUUAACAAGAUGGGCUCUACCUUUUUGCGGUACAUCAAGAACAAAAGAUGGACCUGAAUGUAUUGGUAAAGAUAUUGAUAUAGAGAGUGAUCCACAUUGUGCUUCUCGAGUUAACCCCAAAACUCUAGAUCAAGCCUAUAUAAUGACACGGAUUAAAGCGGCAGAUGAAGAGAAGACAACUAUUCCAAGCUGGACGGGUUUUAAUACAUUGUUGAGCACCAACAUUCCUAGACAGUCAAUCAUUGGCUACCUACCAGUUAUCGAUGCAAGCCCAACGGAAAUGGAAACUGUGAAGACAAUUUUAGUCCGCAGUGUACAGUACGCAGAUCUUCUUCAUCUGGCCGUGAUUGUUCUUGUUUUCGACCAAGCCAUUUAUGCAAAGGCCCAAAAAAUAAUAUGGGGAGAUAACGAUGAUGAAUUGAAGAAGCGACUCGUUGUACGCCUUGGCUCUUUCCAUACUAAGAUGUCAUAUUUGGCAUGCAUUGGUCAGCGAUACAAAGAUGCUGGUUUGUCUGACAUUUUUGUAGAGUCAGAAUUGGUGGCAAGUGGCUCUCUAGCUGGGGUUAUGAAUGGUAAACAUUACAACCGGGGUGUUCGGGCACACAAGCUUGCAAGUGAAGCUUUCCAGCGACUACGAUUCCUAAAAUUUCUUGAAAGCAUUCCAGAAGAAGAAUCCAAAGAAAUCCAAGAUAUCAUUUCCAAGUUGUAUUCAACAUUUCCGACCAAAGAUUACCGAGAAAUUUUAGAAGACCAGAAACUGUCCAACGUCAUAUCAGCCUAUGAUCAGUUUAACCAAUCCCAAAUUCAAAAGAAUGGCAAUUUUGCAUUCUGGUCAUCAUAUAUUGGAAUGGUAGAAGAGCUUCUCUUAUUCAUUAGAGCAACACGUGAAGGAAAUUGGCUACUACACCUUUCAGCAGUACGAAACAUGUUGCCAUGGUAUUUUGCAUACAACAGAAUAAAUUAUAGCCGUUACCUAACUGCUUAUUAUCUUGAAAUGUGCGACCUUCCAAAGACACAUCCAGAUAUUCAUGAAAAGUUCAUGUCGGGCGAGUUUUGUGUACAAAGGCAAAGCAGCCAUGGUUUUGCUCAAGUUGAAUGUGAUCUAACAAUUGAACAAACGUGCAACCGUGACUCCAAAACCAAAGGAGGAUUAACAGGGUUCACUCAGCAUAGAGGAGCAGUUCACAGAUGGAUUCUUUCACAGCCAGCCAGAGCUGCCAUAACAAACGAAUGCAAAGUAAUGGCUGGUCAAAAUUUUGACCCUAGAACCAGACGAGAACUUGAUAACGCUAGAAUAGCACGUGAUGAAGAUGAUAUCCAGAAAGUUAUAACCACAAUUGAGGCAAUGGUGAAUCCAUUUUGA